AACACUUUCUCAACGUCCGCCAUUUCAGUUUGAGUGGAUGUGUUGACCGAACAGGUUAUAUUUGUACAAAGAAGUUGGUUUACAGAAGAAGAACGAGUUUGCAAGUUAGUUGUUGCUACUUUUAGCAGAAUUUCUUUUUUCACAAAGCGGGUGUGAAGUGGCAGAGGGAAGCGGCCCGAUGCUGUUUAGUGUUUUCCGAGCAGGAGCUUUCUGUGGGAGCCAAAGUUUUUGUAUGAGUUGAGUCCGGACUCCGGACUGCAGUGAGGAGAAGCGAGGCCUGGAACAAACCCUUGGGUAGGACUGAAAUCAGCCAUGGCUGGUCAUUUUGACGCUGAGGACCGUGAUAGCUGGUACUGGGGACCUAUGAACCGUAAAGACGCGGUAUCGUUGCUGCAGGGCCAGAGGCACGGAAUGUUCCUGGUCAGAGACUCGACUACCAGCAAAGGGGACUAUGUGCUGUCCGUGUCGGAAAACUCCAAAGUCUCGCAUUAUAUCAUCAACAGCUGUAGCAACAACCGACAGUCUGGAACAGGUCCAUCUCGAUUCCGGAUCGGAGACCAGGAAUUCGACACGCUCCCAGGCCUGCUGGAGUUCUACAAGAUCCACUAUCUGGACACCACAACGCUAAUUGAACCUGUCCCAGCACGUUCCAAGCACACCAGCCUGACUGGACCAGUGCCCACUGGUGUCCCAGCAAGGCAAGACGAGGCCGAGUAUGUGCGCGCGCUCUUUGACUUCCCGGGCAACGACGACGAGGACCUGCCAUUCCGCAAAGGUGAAGUGCUGCGUGUGCUCGAGAAGACUGAGGAGCAAUGGUGGAGCGCUCAGAAUGCCGAUGGACGCAAAGGCUUGAUCCCUGUGCCCUAUGUAGAGAAUUACAGACCUGCCUCACCAACCUCUGUAGGUGGGGGUCCUGGGCAGGCGGUGUCUGCUGUAGGUGCGCUGGAUAACAAUGGCGCUCCAGUUCCUGGCAAGCUGGACUACGCACAUCCUGUGGUCAACACGCCGCUGCCCAACCUCCAGAACGGGCCUGUGUACGCCAGGGCCAUCCAGAAGAGGGUGCCCAAUGCAUAUGACAAGACUGCCCUCGCACUCGAGGUGGGUGACUUGGUGGCUGUAACGAAGAUCAACGUGAAUGGCCAGUGGGAAGGCGAGUGCAAGGGCAAGAAAGGCCACUUUCCCUUCACACACAUACGCCUGCUUGACCAGCAACAGCCUGAGGAAGAAAGCUGAGACACACACACAGACACACACACUCACACACACACAUACACUCUGCUGCAGUUCUCCACACUCAACCCCCUUUUUUUUUUUUUUUUUUUUUUUUGGGUGUCCACUCCAAAAUUGCUAAAUCUAAAAACCAGACCUGGCCACACGAGUACUGGACGAUCCCCGCACUGCAAACACACCGAUAUCAAGCUUCACUUAACACACAAUCGUUAAACAAUAGUGCAGGGUGUGGACACACAUCUGCGCUACAGAGCACCAUGUAAUGAAACUCACAGGUAGGGACAGAUUAGUCAUAACAGUGACUGGUGAAUGAAUUCAUAUGCAGUAGGAACGUUUGGAUGAAGAGAUCAACUGCCACAGCCUGCUGCGAGAGAGAGAGAGAGAGAGAGAGAGAAACAGUCUUUCUCAUUAAAAACAAAGUCUAGAUUUGUACAGCAUUCGUCUAGAGCAACGUCCUGAUGUGGUACCAACACUAUCAGUCACCCUCUGUACUGAGAUAUGGAAACUGAUGAUGAGGAAAAAUGUAUGUGCCAUUACAUGAUAAAUUUAUUCCUAUUUUAAUGACCUAUAUUUGAUUUUUUUUCAAGACUUUUUGUUACAUUAGUAUUUUACCCUUUUUAUCAUUCCUGACUCGAUGCAUUUCCACAGGAUUCUUUCAGGAAUAUUUGUUUGCUAAUAGGAACAAUUUCAAAGGAAAAAAAUGGAAUUCCUCAGGAGCAGUCGGGACUUCACAUUCCGAGAUUUUUUUGUUUCAUUUGCAGGAAUGGGAGAACUGAUUCUGAUUGAGAGUUUAGGAAAAAUCUUUCCUUUCUUUUCUUUUUUUCCUUUUUUUACUCUCAUGGGAACUGACUGCACCCACCUGCUCCCACAGAAACUCUGACUGUGUCCAUCCAUUUCCACAAAAACUGACCACGCCCACCACAGCUCUACUAAUCUAUAACUUCGAGCACACUUUAAGAGCAAGGACGUUAUAUAACAUUUCAGGUUUACAAUUUCACACAUCGCCAGCAUUGUCUUUUUUUCAGUGGGUAUUUGAGUCACCACUGUGUGCGGGAACAUUUAUUCUGCCUCAUUAGGGACCUUUCUGUGGGAUACAGCAGCUCUGUGAGUCUAAAGAAAGGCAGUACAGAUAGACACAGACAGGUGGAGCAUGUGGGGUGUCAUUGCUGGCUUGCUCUUGCUCUUUCUGCUGAGUAAGUAACACAAAAAGACGAGCACACAGUCACGAACAGAUUAGAACACGCACUCGUUUCAGCAACGUUUAUUUGAACAGGUCCUUUACCUAGGAGUUUGUCUGGAUUACAAGGAAGUUUGGAUUACAUUAUCAGGAACGGUUCAUUAAGUGCUCAGGAGUAAAACCUGGAACUAUAAGCUAUAAUUACGGGGCUUCCAUUAGUUUAGGAUGUUUCAAUAUUAUUAUACAAAGUCUUCUUGGAGGUCAGUUAUGGGGUUAGAAUCAUACCAUUAAGAAUUUAAAUAUCAGAAUCAGAAUUUGAAUAUUGUUUUGAAUUUGUAUCGUACUAAAUUGAAUUUUGUACUGAAAUUGAAUUUUGUGGUUUGCAAGCCAAAAUCUGAAACGGAAUUUCAAGCUUAAUGGUAUAGGUUCAAUGUUCGAAAUUCAAAAAGUAAUAUGUGUAUAAUCUAAAAAGCAUAUAGUCUCUCUGUUAAUUCACACUAUUAGAUUUGCUUUAACAAUAAAAUCCGGGUAAAUUACAGGAAAAAGCAGUUGAACACACACACAGUAGCAUUAAGCUGCAGCAAAAUUGUAACAUUCAUAUUUAAAUUUUUGUAUUUAAAUUCAAAUUUCUAAUGGCCUGAUUCUAACACCAUAGUUGGUAUAUUUUUAGAGAAAGAGAUAGUUUGAUCAUUCUUAAUAAACCAUUCCCUGAGAAAAAGUAACAACCCUAAAUUAGGAAAUGAUCAAUGAUGAAACAGUCUUGAAACAUCCAAAGCAAUUUUAUAUUGGGGUAAGCUGACAUUUCCUGGCACAUAAUGUGUCCUCUACUCGUAGAAGAUAUGUUGUUUUUAAAGCGGUUGGUUUUUAUGAGCUGAUGGGUAUUAUUUGCCUAAAUGAAUUUCAGUGUUUGCCAGUGCUCUAGUAUUCACACGCAUGCAGUAUUAUUUCUGUACAUUAUUGUGUGCUGUUGUCAUUCAGGACACUACGGUGGUUUAACACAUGUCAGACGGCGCCUCAUGACAGCCUUGCAGCUGCAAGGUUGCAUUUGUCAAAUACGCACGUGACUAAUGUGUCAAUGCUGAUUUUAACACUGACUCAUGGGCUUUCCCUCCAUACGUCCUGUUACGUUUACUCGAGUGAAGCUCCAGGAUCAGUCCUGAGAGAUUACAUUAGCAUGGCUGUAGAUUGUUCCAGAAGGCAUUGUGAGUUAUUGUAGUUUGUUUUUAAUAAAUAAGAUAUGGACUUGGGUAAACAGACUGUACUAAUUGCUUCCUGUUGUGGCCACUUCACAUCAUGAUGUAGCUGCUGUGCACUUCAUGCAAAAUCAUGAGGGGAAGUGGGUGACAGGGUGUUAAAAACAGCGCUGAAAAUAGGAUUAGUUGGCAGUAUGAUACUGAUAUCGCAAUAUAUUAACAUCAUAAUAUACUCAUCUGGGCGUUACGAGCAUCAUCAGAUGGCAGCGCUCCUGUAGCUCUGUAGUCACUCGCGGUAACAAGUAACUGAUUAGACAUUUUUGUUGUUUCAUUUCCUUGUCUGACAUGCUUCCAUUUUUGUAAAUUUUGUAAUGUUUUUGUUUUUGUAAAUAUUUAAAAAUCUAUGAACUUAGCUUUUUCCGAAUUUGUUUGCAGAUUGUCGUGUUGAUGCUUUGUUACACGACCAGAAUUCGGUUGUGAUGCAUACUAUUCAUUGUGAAAAAGUAUUAUGGUACUUGAUAUUUUCACCCAGUCCUAACAGAUCCGCAAAGCUUGUUGAGUCACAUCAGCUUUUUAAACCACUUAUUGCAAUUACAAUGACCAAGUCUGUUUUUUUUUUUUUUAAUUAUUAUUUUUUUUUUUAUUAUUAUUAUUAUUUUUUCCCAUAUUUUCUAGUGUUUUUCCUGAAAUGGAAGCGUAAUGAUGCUUUCCCCUGAUUGUCACGAGGUUAAUCAGUGAUUCACUCUUUACACCACUUUUCCGUUAUUUUAUUUACAUGUCCAUUGUCAAAAUUACUCUUUGCUUUUACUCGGGCGUUUUGUGCUUCACUUGUCCUGAUGAAAGGGGUAGGUACUGUACUGAGAAAUGAAUGCUUUAAAUGGUAAAAUGGAGAAAAGAGACUGGCAAACCCAUCUUCACUGACUAGACCACUCUGUUUAUGUUUAAAAAGACUCUGAGAUGCUCGCCUACACAAAUGUGUAUUUGUAUGCUUUGGACUGAGGGUUGUUUUCAUAUGUAUGUAGUAAAGGUUAUACAGUGUCUAGAGAAACAGGAUGUUUUGGACAGAAAUCCUUCAUCAGCUGCUCUUGCAAUGUGCUUCUACCCAAUGUUUUUGCUUUUGUCCAAAAUGUGCAGUUUUUCUAGCUUUUACUGCAUUAAAUAAUAAAUAAUUAAGUACACAGCAGUGUGUGUGUGUAUGUGUGUGUGUAUAUAUAUAUAUAUAUAUAUAUAUAUAUAUAUAUAUAUAUAUAUAUAUAUAUAUGUACGUACACACACACCUAUUUUUUUCUUUUUACAUAGUGUAGGAAAGAGGUUCUCCAGCUUCCAGCAAGGCUCGGACUACUCACAAGUGUGCUUGAUGUGUCAUCUUGCACAUUUUACUAAAUACUAAUAAUUUGGUUAAAGAAGGUGAAAGUGUCUUGGAAAUGCCACCUUCUGCUGUGAUCCAUCAUAUACAGUUUUAAUUAUGUUUACAGUAAAUAAAAAAGCAGUAUUUCAUCCUUAUGCAUACUUUUUCUUCCCAAAGUGGUUGAUCCUUCAGUGUGAUCACAAAGCAUUUCAUUCAGGAGGUCUGUUAUUCACGCCAAGUUCAUUAUGUAACAUUUGUUCACCACAUUUACUUGUGGUAUUAUGCACCUUACCUCCUUAAUCAACCCCAUCUUUUUAUUAUUUUUAUAUUUUAUACAUAGAAAUGCUUUGCUUCCAUUUUCUUUGCAUGGAAGAGGAGUGGAAAUUGUUCAUACUGACUUAAGAAAGUGCCAAUUGUAUUAAAGCUAUCAUUUGAAGUCUAGAUUUUCAUAUUAUGGGCCAUGUAAUGUGUUACUAUACUUAGUAAAUAAAACGUAUUACCAAAGCUGA